AUGACAAGUGAUACUAGUGACAGUCACAUUUUAGAUAAAGAGGAUAACUCUCAAAGUGAAUCAGAAGGAAAUUCAUUUCUGUGAGUUGAAGUUCUCCUAAAUUAGAACCUGAUUAUAUCGCCUUCUCUACUAGGGCUUUCCCUCUCUUUUCGAGGUUUCUUGGAAGUAGAACUGUUAUCAUGUUUGUCAGUUUUGAAAAACUUCAUCCCAUUAUCGAGGAAUAAGAGUGGUAUGGGGAUCGUUGUAGUUUUAUAACUGUGAUUCAAAACUUGUUAGACCUUGUUACUAACUCUGUCUUAUUUAGUUGAUCGGCUAAAUUAAUUAUUUUCGAACAAUUCCCUCCAGUUUUCACGUUCCAAACUUCAUCUCUAUCGAAUUUCCCUACUUACUGGGGCAUUUAGCGUGAUCCAAGACAUGUAUUGACAGUGUAUUACUCCAAACGCUACUAUCAUUUCUUCAAAUGAUACGGCCUAUAUGAUUACACUAGAGAUGCUUUGAUUUACAAACAGUUUAAUGCGUAUUAUCCCAUAUGGGUAGCUUCUGUCGUCCUACUCGUACACACCGGCAGUAACUGGCAGUAUGUUUGAAAUCUUUUUUUUUUUUAUGUCACGAAGGUGUCUUGAAGACUUGGAUCCUGUUGAUGCAGCAUUUCAAAGAGAGGUUGAAACCAGGUAGCUACAAAGAGAUCAUAUAUUUUAUAAGGCCGUGCAAAAUGCUUUAGAAUUUGCCACAAAAAUUGGCACCCCAACUGUGCAGUUUCAACACGACAGCACCAUCCAAUUGUUCAGUGAAAGCCUUGAAUUUAGUGGAAAGGCAAAAACAAUGAACUUGCUAAGGGGCCCGGGAUUUUCAGGACAGAAAAGCGGUGGGAAAUUUACGUUUGACUGGAAAAAUUGGAACUUUCCCUUUACUCCGGGAAAAACAACGAGAGCAAAAUGCAAAGGUGGAUAUACAACACGAAACGGAAUUCAAAAGAGUUUAUUGGAAUCCUUUCUGCUUAUUGCCUCUUCCGAGGAAAGUACUGUCUGCCCUAUCAUCAGCCAGUCUUCACUGAAAUUGAUUCCUAUUUCUUAUGCAACUGAUGGUAUGAGCCUUAAACCCGGCCUUCAAUUUGAUUCCCGCCUAAAGGAAUUGGUAGGACUUCUAUUCCCAGUGAACUUGGCGUAUGUGCAAGCCCACCCCAAGCCCGACUCUCACAUGCUUAAGAAAUCCUUUGUCAUGGAGGCAGAUGCCGUGGUUCUCACUACCCUUGACGAAAAACUCUCUCUACCAGUUGGUAAUAGUUUUAAAGGAAAGAACUUGACAGGCGAGAGUGUCUUCGAGAAGGUAACAAAAGAAGUAAAGCAAAUACAAAUCUGUCUACGUUGUCUUCAAAGAUAUGCUCGCCAAACACAAAAUGUCAUUUCUUCUGCUGAAGAUAUAUGUUGCAGUUCCUGCCGAGGUAAGUACGCUUGAGGUAAUUUUUAAGAAAACUAAGUGGUUUAUUGACGUUCAUUGGGUUUCCGAACAUGAAUUGCGAGGAAGUCCUAUAGUUUCUCUUAAGGCUUCCUCGUCACUUUCAACUUUGCAUUCCUUUUUAAAUUUCUUUCUUUUGUGUAUUGUGUGGCUAAUAUAAAUAAACGAAAGCACUUGUCCACAAACCAAGUGCUUUAUUGUUUCCGAGGUUUUCACUGCUUUUGAACUUUUUCAAACUAUUUCUAAAUCAGGAACAAAACAAUUAGUUCAAGUCUGAAUGUUUCAAGAUCGCAGCUACUAAUCAAGGAUUCUAAAAAGUCUAAAAACAAAAUAGAAAUAAAAUUUUUCAUUGAACAGAAACAUUUUUGUUUUUUUUUGGAAAAAUUCCUACUGGUAAGAGGCAACCAACUGACUAUUUGAAUAGAACAAGCAACGUGGUCUAGAAUACUAAGUUGAUGUUGUUAUUCAGCCCCUCAAUUAUUUCUCACGACAGAUUGUACUGAAAGGAAAGGUGUUUGUGACCACUGCGCUCCUCUUGGUCAGAGGUUUUAUGAAAGAAUCCUUAGAGCUUGUGACACAUGUGUCGAGGCUGGCACCCAGUGUAAGAAACUUCUUGUCCUUACUUGUUGUUGCUGUUACAGUGAAAAUGAACAGGGUGCCUAAAAUGGCAAGCAUCUUAGAAAUCAAAGGCGACAUCUGGGUCUCCAGCAAAAUCGGCCGACUGAAG